GGAGGUGGUGGAAUUAGAUCGGCUGCCUGGGCCAUACGAUGGCAACAACAACCAACAUACCCAGCCCCACCCCCAGCAGCAGCCCCACAACCAUCAGCAGCCCACCACCAGCAGCAGCCGCCCUUUAAUGGGGUGUUUGGGCUGCUUUGUGUGAAUCUGGCGGUGUUCUGCCUGGACCACCUGGUGGAGCUGGAGGGCAUGCGCGGGUUCUACCUGUACCAGCACAACCCGUGGGUGCACCAGCUGGUCACCUCCCUCUUCUGCCACGCCUCCUACGCGCACCUCUCCUCCAACCUCUUCUUCAUCUUCAUCUUUGGCCGCAUCGUUGAGGAGCGCCGCGGGUCUUGGGGCAUCGUCGCCGUCUUUCUCACCUGCGGCAUCUGCGCCAACCUCCUCACCCUCCUCACCCCCUACGAUGUCAAACCGGGAGUGGUGGUGUACAACUUGGGUGCGAGCGGGGGCGUGUUCGGCCUCUUUGUGGUGUCGGUGCUGGACAGGCUCGAGCUGCGGCCGCGCAGCCUGGUCGAGGUGCUGGUGCUGGGCCAGUUCGUGCUCAACCGCAUCGUCGAGGAGCUGCAGAGCCUGUCGCGCUCGGCCGCCACCAGCGGCGACCGCGUCAACAUCAACCGCACCGCGCACCUGGGCGGCGCCCUCACGGGCGUCAUCUUCUGCGUGGCCUACAUGCGAUGGCAGGCCCUCUCCAAGCUCACCGAGGAGCGCAAACGAAUCGUAUAA